AUGAAUACCCUUCCUAGAUUCUACCGUACUAUCAACCAGCUCACCACGAAUGAGACAAACGAGGUUCCGGCGAAUUCUGGUAUUUCAGGAGACCAGCAGCCUUCCUCCGCCCAAGGCCCGGACAUGCCACGCCAGCUUCUCAAUUGGGUUCCGAUUGUCAUUGAAAUCAUCUGUGCCCCUGAGCAUCCUGGAGUCAACGGUGGCAAUGGCCGUGAAUUCAGCUUUUUCGAUUAUAUCCCUCGCGACAUGAUCGGCCGCAAGCUCGAGUCCUCCAAUAUUCGCUGGGAGCCAGCUGGUCGCUAUUUCGCCGGCAUCCGCAACAGGUAUCAUGACAUCGUCUUGAAUUCGCAGACUUGGGACUGCCAGUUCUGCGGCGAUAUUUCCAAGUAUUUGUAUAUGUCGGGCAUGCCACGCCUCAUGGAGGUUCGCAAGUGGUUUGUUUAUGCCAUUCCGAUUUGCCGCACUGUUGGCGCCUGUGAUCGAAAGGCUGUCGCCCUUGUGGAUAAGAUUUUCAGCGAGCGAUUCCCAGAUGUUGCGAUCCCGGAUGGCCCUUGCUGUGAGGUCUGUGGGUUUAUCAACAACCUUAAGUGGUGUACUCGCUGCAAAAUGAUCCAGUAA